GAAAGCCACUGGAGUGGAGAUAAGAGCGUGAGCACAGUAGUAAAGAUACUACCAUAUUAGAUAUUAUAUUAAGUGGGGCAUAUUACAGAGCUCUGAACAUACAGUUAAAAAAAGACAAGAUUUGGCUUGGAGUAUGCUCUGCUACAGCGUCUUGAAAACAUAGAUCGAAAAGAAUCGAUUUGAGAAGAGCACCGGGUGUAUUUUGGGAAAUGCAAACUGGACUCGACAAGUGGGGAGCUUUAUCAAAAAGAUACGAGAGUUCGGAAUAACCCUUCAGUUGGUUAACGGUCAGUGAAGUAAUCCAGUCUCAUAGUAGUGAAGUUAAUCAUUUGAAAUAAUUCUUCAGCCAUACGACAUCGACUGAUUGAGUGCAGUUUGUGACUUCUUCGCAGGAAGAAACGUAGUUUUAAUUACCAAGUUCGGACCUUCUAAAGCAGAGAAUUGUGUGACGUGCGUUUUGUAAUUUGAAGUGCUAUAACUUGAAGUUAUAUUGAGACUUUGAAAGCACUGUGUUUAGCUUAUUCCGGUUCGCUCUGACCAAUUGAACAUUGACCCAUUGUGUGUACAUUUUAUGCUUGUUCAGAGUUACUCGCAAUUCGCAGGUUCGAAAAAUAAACAAUUGUCGUCUGUGUGUGCUCUUGAGAAGCAUUGGUUGAAAGGCAACAAUUCGCAUCACUUUGGCUAGCGGGAAUCCAAACACCCUAAAAAAGUAGAAAUUACCGAUCAAACACUGAGUUGACAUACAGAUAGACGAAAAUGGCGGAUCUUACACCAGUGCAAAGUUUUUAUAAGGAUAAAACGGUGUUCAUAACAGGGGCAUCUGGAUUCAUGGGUAAAGUACUUAUUGAAAAGCUACUCUAUUCAUGCUCGGAAUUGAAGGAAGUUAUUAUAUUGAUGAGACCAAAAAAGGGAAAAGUUCCUGAAACUCGACUGGAGGAAAUGUUUCGACUACCGAUAUUUCAAAGAAUAAAAGAGGAGAAACCACAUGUGCUGAAGAAGUUAACGAUCGUUCAAGGAGACGUUACAUUCGAUUCACUUGGACUCAGUGGUGAAACAUUGAAUCGUAUAGUAGAAGAAACAGCUAUCGUUUUCCAUAUGGCGGCUACUUUGCGUCUUGAAGGUAGUUUGAAGGAUGCCAUUCAAAUGAAUACAACUGGAACGAAACGAGUUCUGGAUAUCGCUAAGAAAAUGAAAAAACUUGUCGCAUUGAUACAUUUAUCGACAGCCUUUUGUAAUUGCGAUCAAGAGGUUAUGUAUGAGAAAGUCUAUGAUUUCCCCCACCGACCAGAAGAUUUGAUCCGUUGCGCUGAAUGGAUGGAUGUUAAAACUUUAGAGACCAUAUCGCCUGAAAUUUUGAAACCUCAUCCCAACACCUACACAUACUCGAAACGGUUAGCAGAGAUUUUAGUCCGGGACCAUUAUCCUCAACUGCCGGUUGUUAUUACUAGGCCCAGCAUUGUUGCACCGUCGGCUUUCGAACCCGUUCCUGGGUGGGUCGACAACUUGAACGGGCCAACUGGUCUAAUUUUGGGCGCAGCGAAAGGUGUUAUUCGGUCCAUGCUGAUCGACGUUACGCUUAAAUCUGAAGUGAUCCCAGUCGACUAUGCCAUCAAUGGUCUAAUUAUUAUAGCUUAUGAAACUGCCAUGCGCGAAGAAAAAGCAGCAGAGGUUCCUGUUUACAAUAUCACUAUACCGGAACGAAAGAAGUUGCCAUGGAAUACAAUCAUCGAGACGGGUAAAAAAAUAGCCUACCAAUAUCCAUGUGAAAUUGGGAUCUGGUAUCCGAAUGGUUGUGUGACAACGUCAAAAUUUUUACACAUGUUUAAUGUGAUAUUGUUCCAAUGGCUACCAGCGUAUUUCAUCGAUUUCAUUCUGCUCUGUAUAAGGCAAAAGCGCUUCAUGAUUCGCGUACAAAAACGAAUUGCACUCGGUCUGACUCUUCUUCAAUUUUUUACCAUGCAUUCGUGGGACUUCAAAUCGGAGAACUAUGAACGUUUGUUUAAGAACCUGGGACCGAAGGAUAGAAAGAUAUUUAGUAUGGACAUGGAUGCUGCGGAUGACAAGGAAUAUCUGAAAAGAGCAAUUCUGGGCGGUCGGCUCUAUAUUAUGAAGGAACCGCUCUCCACGUUACCCAGAGCCCGGCUGCAAUUGCGAAUAUUUUAUAUCAUUGAUUUGCUAGUUAAAAUUUUUAUCGGGACUAUUUUGGUCUACUUGGUUUCAUCGAAACUCACCUGGUUCAAUUGAAGGCUUCAUUCUGUGGAAUUGACUCGUUGUUAUUAGUUUAAUGGAUGCAUUCUUAUUUUAGUCGAGUUUUACAUAAGGAACACACUGUUACUGGUGUUUGGAAUAUAUGUAGUGUUACUUUUAUUAGAACUUAUCCGGAUUAAGUAGAACCAAGGAAGAUAAGAUGUUACCAUCCAAAUUAGUUUGGCAUCGUGUUUGCAGUAUGGACUAAGUUAAUCAAGCUUGAAACUGAAGUUCUAGGUCAUAGAGCGCAAAAUUUUGCCAUUGAAUCCAAAAAAAGCAUUGCAUACGACUUCCUUUCGAGAUAGCUGCAUCUAAAUAUAAUUGUGUUCCGUUGUUUAUUUAAAUUAAUUUCUGUAACAAUGCCUUCAAAACGAAUAAAGUUGCUCGAGUCCGAGCUGUCCUCGGUGAA